CGGUUUUACGUGAAGUGACUAAAAGUCAGUUUGCGAAGUUCUUUGUUAUUUAAAAAUUUGCCGAGAUUUUAUUCUCAUGCAUGACAACGCAAGAGCGCAUACUGCAAGAGUCGUCACGGAAUACCUUCAUGACGUCGCUCGGUAUUACUACCAUGCAAUGGCCAGCACGAAGCCCGGAUAUGAACCCAAUAGAACAUUUAUGGGACAAGCUGAAGAGGCGUGUUUGAGUUCACCACCCAGCCCCGCAACCCUUACCGGAGUUGAAAGUUGCCAUUGAGGAAGAAUGGGAGAACAUUCCACAGCACUCAUAUUGACGUUAAUUAAUUAUAUGCCAAAUCGCAUGGCGGCCGUUGUCAACGCUCUUGGAGGCAAUACAACAACCAUGAGGGUCGUCCUUCUUUUGCUAAGUUGCUUCACAAUAGCCCACACGUACAAGAUACUGUGUGUGCUUACUGUCCCUAGCAGAAGUCAUAAUAUGCUAGCUAAAGGAUUUGUCCGAACUCUCUUGAAAGCUGGACAUGAGGUAACAUGGGUGACUCCGUUCGAAGACAACAAGCCUCAAAAAGGCUUAACGAUGGUCUAUGUUAGUGACAUGUUGAAAAUCAUGGAGAAUAUAGACAUGAUGGACAGCAGCAAAAGCCAAUCUUUGUCAUUCAUUCUGGGCUUUGCGAGAAAUGUGAGUUCGGCUACGGUGCAAAAUAAGCAGGUCAGAGAAAUAUUGGUGACACAGCAAUUUGAUGCUGUCGUUACUGAGUGGUUCAUGUCGGAUACAGACGCUGGCUACGCUGCCAUUCUACAAGUACCCUGGAUAAUUUUAUACAGCACCCACGUGCAUACACACGUUGAAAAUCUCCUUGACGAGGUUCGCUCAGUUUCAACUGUGCCAUCAGUAAUGACGAGACUCCCUAUGCCUAUGAAUUUCUGGCAACGUCUAGCCAAUACUGCCGCGUUUAUGAUGUUCACUGGAUUGAUGUGGUACAACGAAUUUACAGAUGCACCCAAUUACGAAACAUACUUUUCCUCCCUGGCCCAAGCUAGAGGGAUUGAUCUACCCCCCUACAGAGCUGCAAUUAGCAACGUAUCCAUAUUAAUGGCCAACUCUCAUCCGUCCAUCGCACCAGCGUUGAGUCUACCACCGAACGUCGUUUAUAUUGCUGGAUACCACAUAGAUGAGAGUACACCCUUACCAAAGGAUCUUCAAGAAAUAAUGGACAACUCUCCACAAGGAGUGGUAUACUUCAGCAUGGGUUCAGUAAUAAAACCAUCCACAAUCCCAAAAGAGACGAUACGCGAAUUAAUAAGAAUUUUUGGGUCAUUGAAAAUGACUGUAUUGUGGAAACUAGACGACGUACCCGCGGGAUUGCCAAAGAAUAUUCAUGUUAGGAAAUGGUGGCCCCAAACUAGUGUUUUAGCGCACCCUAACAUUCGUCUGUUUAUAACCCAUGGUGGUGCCCUAAGCACAAUCGAAGCAGUCCACUUUGGAGUACCACUCCUCGCUGUGCCGGUAUUCGGCGAUCAGCCGUCCAACGCAUUUAGAGCCGAAAAUGCUGGAUAUGCGCGUGUGGUGCCCUUUGAACCAACACUUGCCCCAAAGUUAGAGAUAGCUCUGACAGAAUUGCUGAGUAAUGACAGGUACUACCAGCGAGCAAAAUAUCUCUCCAAACUGUUCAAUAGUCGUCCUGAACCGCCAUCUAAAUUAAUAUCACAUUACGUUGAACUAGCCAUCGAAAGCAAAGGAGCCUACCACCUCCGUUCGGCAACGUAUUUGUACAAAUGGUACGAAAGAUGGAUGCUUGACCAAGUGGCAUUCGUUUUAGUCGUACUGUACGUGUUGAAGAAAAUUGUACAGAAACUUUGUUGUGUACUGUGUGGAAAGAAACAGGAGAUGCAGAAGAAGGAAGGUUUAUUAGAAAAACAGAAGACAAAUGCUGGGCGAAAGAAAAAGGUGCAAUAACGCCUUUUGAAUACUUAUAGCCGAAAAAUAAAAAUUACAUUAAAAUAUCGAUUAUACAAGCAUUUUGUAUUUUUUAUAAGUAAAUACGUGCCGCAUUUGACCUCCAUCUUACCUGAUAGAAAGCGAC